UUUUUUUUUAUACCAUGGUCAAUAUUGGACAAGAAGCAGGCGCAUUUUUUCAAACAGACGCAGAUCUUGCAAAGCAAAAAGAAAAAGCAGCUAAAUAUAACUAUACAGAGGGAAAUGCUAUCAAGACACCUUCCAAGGUAUUAGAUAUCUGCCUUGGUCAAGAUGAGAAAUAUUUAUAUGUAGCUGAAUCUGGUUUCUCUGUUCGCAAGAUAUCCUUGGCUACUUCAAAAACAGUUAAAUUGUUUAAGGGCCACCAAGGUCCUGUCACUUGCAUGGUCUUGGAUGACAAGUACCUUUGGACAGGCUCAUGGGAUAAGACCAUCAAACAAUGGGACUUGAUGACAGGCGAAUGUCUUGCCACAUUAGAAGGACAUACUGAUUUUGUCAAGUCUCUUUUGAUUGUAGGUGAUCAUCUCUACUCGGGUUCAUCCGAUUGCUUCUUGCGUCGUUGGCAAAUCAGCACGAUGACUUGUACAUUUGUGGAAAAGAAGCACAAACGCGCUAUUGAAAGUUUGGCGGCUUUUGAAAACUAUUUGUAUUCAGGUUCCUCUGAUAGCACCAUCAAGAAAUGGCAACUGGAUACCAUGCAAGUAGUCAAGACAUUUGAGGGCCAUGAGACCAGUAUUUACUGUAUACGUGUCUGGGAAGAAGACCUUUGGUCUGCUUCAGCUGACAAAACUGUCAGACGCUGGCAUACAGAAACAGGAGCUGUGGAUAUGGUGUUGGAACAUCCUGAUCGUGUCAAAUCGAUUGCAUUGGCUGGCCCUUAUGUGGUCACUGGAACUAGCGAUGAUGAUAUACGUGUCUGGGAUAUCGGAUCUGGUAAGCUUGUCUGUACAAUUGAAGGUCAUUUUGAUGAAGUGGGAUGUUUGGUAAUGGCUGGAUCUACUCUUUACAGUGGAUCUUUAGACUGUUCAGUUAGAACAUGGCCAUUGACUGCUGCUGCUAUCAAGCAAUACAAUGAAACAAGAGAAGCUAAAUCGAAGCGUAUUGAACAAGAGAAACUAGAGCAAGAAAAAAAUAAAAAUGGCCUCACUGAAGAAGAAGAAAGAGAAUUAGAAGAAUUGAUGUUAUCGGAUGAAGAAUGAACUUUAUGCAACCAAAAAAAAAAGGUCACUACAUAGUCACGCAUUGAAUAAAAGGCAAUUUUUUUUUU